AGGACGGAGAGUUCCGCAUUCCAGAGUCACAGUGAUACUUAAAGCGCGCUGAUGCAACGCAAACAGACAAACGAACUGAACGGACGAACCGACGCGAACUCUAAGCGCACAACCAUAAUGAUGCCUGGUCAAAUCCCUGAUCCCACGGUCACCGCCGGUUCUCUGCCCAGCCUCGGUCCACUGGCUGGUAUUUCUGCUACCACUUUAACAGACCAAUUCAAACUGGCGGAACUUUACAGCUUCGGCGCUGUUCUGUCACCUCUCAUCCUGAACAGACAUGGCAAGAGAUCGUUCAGCGUCAUUAAGAGUGAGACAGAUGAUGAUGAUGAUGAUGAUAAUAAUGACGACCGCAAGAAACGAAGGAGAGAAAAAAACAAAGUCGCAGCCGCUCGCUGUCGGAACAGAAAAAAGGAAAGAACAGACUUUCUGCAGAAGGAGUCUGAACGGCUGGAGAUGUUGAACUCGGAUCUGAAGUCUCAGAUUGAGGAUCUGAAAUCGGAGAAGCAACAGCUCGUUGUGAUGCUCAACCACCAUCGACCCACAUGCAUCGUCCGCACUGACAGCGUAAAAACUCCCGAGAGCGACGAGCACGUCUCGAGUCACUUUAAACAGCAGUCUGACUGAACCGACCCUAAACAGCUGGGAGAGAGAGAGAGAGAGAGAGAGAGAAGUCACCGAAGAUCACGUGUCUAGAAGCAGAACUGUAGCCGUCUGUAUCGCGUGCCGAGACGUUUGUACAGCCACAGAUGAGGAGGAACAAACUGAGUAUGAAACUAUUAUCAGACCACGACGACGUCUAUUGCUCUGCAAACUUUGGGUCUGAAGGUUUGGGUAAAGCAUGCAAGGGAUGAUCGGCGCGCGCGUGGGAACGGGAAUGGAUUUGCUCAUCUGCUGUAUGGACGCGAAUUUCCCUGACAAGAUUUUGACACUUCUGACAUAAAUCUGCUCGAUAGCAGAUCGUUCGUACUGUUGAGAAACAAGUGAAGCAUAUUUCAGUUAAACGGAAUGUAAAAAAAAUAACUUGACAUUUAUGCCAAAUUCUCAAAAGUGCCGCCAGAUGGCGCUGCCUGAUAAACCCCAUUGCUCCUGAUGCUGGCGUCUCAAUGGACUUCUUGUUUACAGUUGUUCGUAUUAAUACAUUCAGUUGUAUUCUGAACUCUUGUGUUUUUUGUUAUUCACAUGGUGUUGUAAAUGUUAUAUGUUUUUUGUAUUCUUGUGCACGUCUGUUGAACAGGCACUUUUGUUACCUAUGUGUCAUCGUUGCAUCAAAAUAAAACCUAUUUUUAAAAUACA